UGGACUAUACAUAGUGAAGUAAACUGUACAAAGUAAACAGAACAAAUAGAGUAAUAGUAGCUUGCUUUAUUCGGUUAGUGAUAUUUGGUAUUUGAAACUAGUAUUUGAAACAACAUUUUCAGAAAGUAUGUCUUUUUUUUUUUUUUCAAAUUUUCUUAUAAAAGUUAUUGGCAUAAUCUCAGUCCUACUGUGGACACAGCCUAUGAGCACAUAAGAUAUGUCUACACUGCAUUUGGAUUUUGUGGUUGCUGUGCAACUGUAGACAUACCAUGCUAGCUUUAAUCUACCUAGCACAGGUGCUGAUAGCAGUGAAGUCAUGUCAACAUGGGAUUCAAGUGUGGACUAACUUCCCAAAGACAAGUCUUGGUAUGACAAGUUGGUAUAACUUCUCAAAGACAAGCUUGAGUGUCUAGCCCAUGCUGGUCUCUGCUGCAUGCUCUCUGCUAUUGGCAUCAGGACUAGCUAGAUUAAAUGUAGCCUGGUAUGUCUAAUGUGUUGCAAUUACAUCUCUGAUUGCAGCAUAAAUAUACAUGUGGUUAGGACUAGGGAUGUAUAAUCCCUUUUAAUUGGCUAACUGAUUAAACAUAUUGUUUAAUCAGUUAACUGUUUAAAAGGGGGUGAGAGAGGUGCCAUGGCUUGCCAUGGACAGGAACUUCUCUGGCAUCCUGGACAGAGUAGCGCCUGCCUGCAGGGUGCUUGGGCCUGCUAGGGGCAAGUAGCUGAUCCGGCCCCACCGGUUAACCUUAACUGGUAAGCCUCACCCAUUCAGAGUGAGGCUUACUGAUUAACUGGUUAAACCUUCACAUUCAUAGUUAUCCGUUGAACUAAUCUGAGCACUUCACUACCUUCUUAACUCAAGGUAUAAUUCUAGUCACCCUUAACCUGACUCCCAUCCAUGCACACAAAUCUCUAGUUUGAAUUAAGUCAUGCUUUACUUGAACUAGCUGGCCUGCUGGGAUUGAUACUUAAGUGCUGUAGGCUAAAGCUGGAGUUAGAUUUUCAGAUUGAGGGGAAUAGCAAAUAAUUAUGCUAUUUGCUCUGUGUAGUUUGAGUGCAGCGUGUGGUUCACAGUGUGUCCACUCUUGAAUUAGUUUAACAUGAGUAGAGUAACUCAAGUUAACUGUCUCUGUGAAGGCAAACCCUUAUUCUAGGAUAGAUCUACCAUGACUGAACUCUUACCAGCUAAAAAUGGUUACAGUUUAUGACAAGAGUGGAGUGAAAUAUAACUGUUGUCCCUAAAGAAGGUAGCAUGAGUGUUGUGUAUGAAAGUCAGCUGGAGCUGUCUUAGUACCCCAUGAGAGGUAGUCUGACAGAGAAAAAUGAAGUAUUUAAUAGAAAUAAAUAGUGGCUGUGUCAGGAUUCGAACCAUUUAUUCCCCUCAGUGCAGGAACAAGGCUAUCCAGAAGCCCCACUUACCUUUUCAGGGAAGUUUCUGUGUCAGCUUUUCUCCCUCUGCCACUUUUCUCUCUGGCUUCUGUCACUCUGGUCUUUUCUUUGUGGUGUCCCUGACCAUGUUGUGUUUUUUCCCGUAUUUUAUCUUGGCUUUUCUCUCAUCUCUCUCCAAGCUGUCUCCCAUGCUCCUGGUGCUGUCACUGCCUGCUCCUCAAAUCCUCUUGGCUCAACUGCUAUGGAACCUUCAGGUGCCAGUGUUCCAGCCCCCUCCUGGUAAAUCUCCCAUCAUUCACCUUAUGGUGUGCAGAGCACAGUAGGGUACACAGAUAAAUAGUCUGUAGGCACAAGAAGGUCGCAUUUUUCUUACUGUGGGAUUCAUAAUUUACUAUUUUCAGAAAAGAAUGUUCAAAAAUCUCAGCUGUAAUACUGUAUUAACAUAGUAUUUUAUUCAUUCUACUUUCAUGGCUGGCUUCUCAGAGCAUGCUACUGAGCAUAAUUAACUAAGUGGGUCUUUUGAGAUAGACUAUAUUUAAAAUGCACAAGGACGAGUGAAGCCAAAGGAAAAAGAAGUCUUCUAGGAAACUAAUAUCUCUAUGCAUUGCGCUAAGAAGCAUGCAGCUGCAGCCAGUUCUGAUACAUGCUAUUGUGUUGUAUUGUUUAUAUCACAACCAAUAAUUCCCCUUAACUCUAUAAUUAAAUGUCAGUAAAAUAAAACUGUUAUUGGAGAAAGCUUUUAUUCAGGAUGUUUAAAAUUCAGAAAAAUGCCAGCGGCAUGAUGAUCAUGGUUUGUACCAUGUAGGUUACUAGUUUCAGUCUUUGUGGGUUCACUUAUUUGACCCUGGUACAGGCUCAAGUGCCUUGCUUUGCUCUGUGGUCACAUCUUCACAUUGAUGUAGUAAUUGUCACUGAUUUGCUCCAAAUAGUCCUCAGCCAGGCAGGUGUUUUCCAUAAUUAGUCUUUAGGAGGGAGAGAGGAAUAUAAGAUGACCUGGACUUGACAGAAAUAUCAGAAGUCCCUUGGCAGAAAAGUAAUCCAGUAUAGCCCGCAAAUAUAUUUAUUGUUCAUAGUGAAAAUAUUUUUCAAAUGAAAUAACUGUUUCCUGAAUCUUAGUAGUAGCCCAGUUUACCAGUAUGUAAUGUAAAUCUCUUCUUUAUAAUACAGAUUGAGGUUUUUAAAACAAUAGUAGUCUUUUUAAACUUAAGUAUUUAAUGCAUUAUAUUGUUGUAUCAGCCCAUUAAAGUUUUAUUUCCAUAAUAAACUUAGUCCUCAAAUUUCCAGAAACUUAAUCUAGUUCCUGUAGUGAUGCCAGUACUUUGUGGAUGUUAUCAGAAAAUUUUGAAGUCCAUGAGACUAUCAGUUGAAUCAAGUAAUUCAUAGAGGAAAAUUGGGCAUACUUUUUCUCCUCUGUCUGAAAAGCUCUAAUAAAUUAAUUGCCAAUUAAUUUAUAUCUUAUUCACUUCUGGUUCCCGACACUGAGGUUACCAACGUUAUUGUGCUUCAAAGCAUGCCUAAAAUAGAAGUAUCUUAAUUCUUCUAUUAACAUGAAUGAGUGAGAUGAAUUAAAAUGCAGUAAAUGGAUUAUAGAACAUAGUGUAAUGCAUUCCAUCACUCUGCAUAAUCUACUACAUAUCUUAGUACCAGCAGCUAUGAACCUAAAUGAGACUUCUCAUCUGAAACUUGCCAUACUGAAUGUGUUUCCUCAUGGCUAUGUUAGACAGCCAUAUUACCUUGGGCUAUGUGAUCUUGUAAGAUCUUAGAUUGCAAGAACGGCUCUGUUUUUGGAUGGAAGCCCUCCAAGGAGAAAACAGGUACAGUAGGAAAUGGUGUUGGUGACUCAAUAGAUGGUACAUCACCUCUUCAUUAGGAAUUCAUCAUGACUAUAGAGGGCACUGACAAGCUAUAGGUGCUGUAUUUCAGAUGAGAUGUAAAACUGGAAGCUGUAAACUGCUUGUAAUAUCAAAAGAGGGCAUGUCAAUAGGAGUGUUACUUUCAGUAUCCUGGUAAAAUUUUAAUAUGGGUAAUCAAGUUCUGAAAAUUAAACCAUUCUACUAUAAUAUCAACUAAAGGAAUUUUUUGCUUAAAAUUAAAACCUGCUAAAAAUUUUAUAACAUUGUCAGUGAAGAAAAGCUGCUGAGUUAAACUCUAGCCAGUAGCUCAAUAGAGAUACUUGUAUGUGUGAUUUGUAAUGGGUAUUAGUCUUUCACGAUUAUAAAUGCAAGAUUUACCCUUAUUACAUUUUUAUGUUUCUUGUUUUUAACACUUUGUUUUGUACAGCAGGAUAUGAGCCUUCUCCUGUGUCCGGGCUUUGGCCUCUCACAGUAGGUGUAAUAUAAUCGCCGAGGUGGGCAUUCUGCAAGGAGAAUUAUUUUUGGAGGCUUUUGCAUGAAACUUGCCCAAUGAGUCUGAGACACCCAAGCGCCAUUAAUUUUGGAGUUUUCUCUGUAGGAGUGGUUGUGAAACAAGAUGGAACAUUGCAUGAGACCAAUAAUGUCCAUGGACUGCACCUCCAUAUUAAAGAAACUAUGUUCCAACUUCCUGUCAACAACCUUGGCAGUUUAAGAAAAGCCCGGAAAACUGUGAAAAAAAUACUUAGUGACAUUGGUUUGGAAUACUGUAAAGAACACAUAGAAGAUUUUAAACAGUUUGAACCUAAUGACUUUUAUUUGAAAAACACUACAUGGGAAGAUGUAGGAUUGUGGGAUCCAUCGCUUACAAAAAAUCAGGACUAUCGGACAAAACCCUUUUGCUGCAGUGCAUGUCCAUUUUCGUCGAAGUUCUUUUCAGCCUAUAAAAGUCACUUCCGGAAUGUUCAUAGCGAAGACUUUGAAAAUAGGAUUCUUCUUAAUUGUCCCUACUGUACUUUCAAUGCGGACAAAAAGACUUUGGAAACGCACAUUAAAAUAUUUCAUGCUCCAAAUGCCAAUACACCAAGUGGAGGCAUCAGCACUUUUAAAGAUAAAAACAAACAUGAUAGCCUUAAACCUAAGCAGGCUGACAGUGUAGAACAAGCUGUUUAUUACUGUAAGAAGUGCACUUACCGAGAUCCUCUAUAUGAAAUAGUUAGAAAGCACAUUUACAGGGAACAUUUUCAGCAUGUUGCUGCACCUUAUGUAGCAAAGGCAGGUGAAAAGUCGCUCAAUGGUGCAGUUCCCUUAAGUUCCAGUACCCGAGAGGAGGGUAGUAUUCACUGCAAACGAUGCCUUUUUAUGCCGAAGUCAUAUGAAGCUUUAGUACAGCAUGUUAUUGAAGACCAUGAACGUAUAGGAUAUCAGGUUACAGCAAUGAUAGGGCACACUAAUGUAGUGGUUCCAAGAUCCAAACCUUUGAUGCUAAUAGCUCCAAAACCACAGGAUAAAAAGCCUAUGGGACUUCCUCAAAGGAUGGGCCCCCUUUCCCCUGGAAAUGUCCGGUCUCUUCCAUCACAGCAGAUGAUGAAUCGACUCACUAUACCAAAGCCUACAUUAAAUUCUGCAGGAGUGAAUAUGAUGUCAAAUGUUCACCUACAACAGAACAAUUAUGGAGUCAAAUCAGUACCACCAAGUUACGUUGGACAGCCGGGGGGAAGGCUAAACUUAAGUGGUAAUACACCAGUUUCUAUUCCACAACAGUCUCAAACAAUGAAACAGUUUUCACCAAGUGGAAAUGGAAGGCCUUAUAGUCUUGGAGGGGAGCAGAGAUCACAAGCUCCAGCAAGGUAUUCUCUUCAGUCUCCCAAUUCAUCUUCUCUUUCAUCAGCCCAGUUGAAACAAACAUCAUUAUCUCAGUCUCAGGCAGCAUCACGAAUAUUAGGUCAAUCUGGCUCAAAGCCUCCUGUGGCUGCUACAGGUCCUUCUGCUGUCAAUACUUCAUCAACACAAAAGUGGAAAAUAUGUACAAUCUGUAAUGAGCUGUUUCCCGAAAACGUGUACAGUGUUCACUUUGAAAAGGAGCACAAGGCUGAAAAGGUGCCUGCAGUAGCUAACUAUAUAAUGAAAAUACACAAUUUCACUAGCAAAUGUUUAUACUGUAAUCGCUAUCUACCCACUGAUACGUUGCUUAAUCAUAUGUUAAUCCAUGGACUGUCUUGUCCAUACUGCCGUUCAACUUUCAAUGAUGUUGAGAAGAUGGCUGCUCAUAUGCGAAUGGUUCAUGUUGAUGAAGAAAUGGGACCUAAAACAGAUUCCACUUUAACCUUUGAUUUGACUUUGCAGCAGGGUAGUCACACUAAUAUACAUCUACUUGUAACCACCUACAAUCUGAGAGAUGCCCCUGCUGAAUCUGUAGCUUAUCAUGCUCAGAAUACUCCUCCUGUUCCUCCAAAACCACAGCCGAAAACCCAGGAGAAGGCAGAUAUACCUGUGAAAAGUUCUCCUCAAGCAGCAGUUCCCUACAAAAAAGAUGUGGGUAAAACACUCUGUCCUCUUUGCUUUUCAAUCCUAAAAGGACCCAUCUCUGAUGCACUCGCACAUCACUUAAGGGAGAGGCAUCAGGUUAUUCAAACAGUUCAUCCAGUGGAGAAAAAGCUAACAUAUAAAUGCAUUCAUUGUCUUGGUGUAUAUACCAGUAAUAUGACUGCUUCAACUAUAACGCUACACCUUGUUCACUGCAGAGGGGUUGGGAAGACCCAAAAUGGUCAAGACAAAGUUAAUGCUCCAUCUCGGCUUAAUCAGUCUCCAGCUGUGGCACCUGUGAAACGUACUUACGAACACAUGGAAUUCUCUCUGAUGAAGAAAAGAAAAAUGGAUGAUGAUGACUCGCCAUCUGCCUUUGAAGAGAAGCCUGAAGAACCUGUAAUUUUAGCGCUAGACCCUAAAGGUCAUGAAGAUGAUUCUUAUGAAGCCAGAAAAACAUUUCUUACAAAAUAUUUCAAUAAGCAACCAUAUCCCAGUAGAAGAGAAAUUGAAAAGCUGGCUGCUAGUUUAUGGCUAUGGAAAUCGGAUAUUGCUUCACAUUUUAGCAACAAAAGAAAGAAAUGUGUUAGAGAUUGUGAAAAGUACAAGCCCGGUGUGCUGCUUGGUUUUAACAUGAAAGAAUUAAACAAAGUUAAACAUGAAAUGGAUUUUGAUGCUGAAUGGCUGUUUGAAAAUCAUGAUGAAAAGAAUUCCAGAGUCAAUGCUAGUAAAACUGUUGAUAAAAAAAUAAACCUAGAAAAAGAUGAUGAAAGUUCUUCGGACAGUUACGAAAAUAUAGAAGAGGAAUCUAAUGAAAGCAAUAGUCUGUUUGGUCAAUCAAUUUCAGAUGUUGGUCGUAAAAUCUCUAUAGAUAGCAUAAUAGAAAAUCCAGAAGACAGCAUAUCCAAGGAGACUGCUGAUGAAAAUACCAUACAGUCUCUGGAGAAAUCAGACCAAAAACAGGAGGAAGGCUCAAAAUAUGAAGCAAUUCACUCUGUCAACGAACCAAUUAAACUGGUAGAUGAUGCCUCAGAUAGUGAAGGUGAUCAAGAUGAUGCCAUUGAAUGGAAAGAUGGAGCUUCACACUCUGAAAGUGGAUCUGGCUCUCAGCGAGUUUCUGACUUCGAAGACAAUACAUCAGAGGUGAAACCAGAAGCUUGGACAGAUGAAUCAUCCCAGAGCGAAGAUGCUAGUAGUAGUAAACCAGCUGCAGAAAUAAAAAGGGUUGCAUCUGAAAGUGAUGAAGAGCAAUCAAAAUGGAAGAAUAGUUCCUAUGGAAAAGUAGAAGAAUUUUGGUCUAAGGACCAGUCACAAUGGAAAAAUGCAUCAGAAAUUGAGGAGAGCUUGUCAAAUCAGCAGAUGGAAUGGCAGAAUAGCACAAUUGACAGCGAAGAUGGAGAUCAGUUUGACAAUGUGACUGAUGGUGUAGCAGAACCAAUGCAUAGCAACUUAACUGGUGUAGAGUUGAGUAGCCAGCAAGCAUAAACUGCUCAAUUCAAACACAUCAGUAAAUAUGCUCCAAUCUAUAACUGUCUAAAUACUUUUAUUUCAAUAUGACUGCUAAGCUUCAUUCUAACUGGUACUGCCUUUUGAGUGCUAGGUCAUCUGGCUAGUGGUUGAUGUAGCCACUAUUAUUCCAGUGGUUAUUCCUAAGUAUGCUGUUGGCUAAUUUUGCUUGAGAAUACCUGCUGUGAUGAGCACAGUAACUUAAUGUGAAACAGAUAAGCUGGUGGCUCCCGAAUGCACACAAAGAAAACCAGAGGUUUACUUUAUCUGCAUUUUCAACAUUUAUUUCACUCUUGGAUAUGUUCAGAUGUAUGUCUUUUUAAACAUUACCCUUUUUCACAUGGUAGUAUAGGGCCAACAAGAGCUACCAGUUCAAUGUGUAUAGUAGACUAUGGGGAAAUUGAUUUUUUCAUGUAUCAUUCUGAAUAGUUGAAAUGUAUAUUUGUACAGUCUUUUAGACCUAUUCAAGUGAAGCUUAUGAAAUUGUUCUUGUGUACCCAUCAUAGAUUUGUUUCUCUUUUUUAGUGUUGCCCUGCUGUGUAAUAAAUGCUGUAUCUAGUUUACCUAGCAAAAGCUUGAAACUGCUAUAGUAUGAAUUUUGACAGACUUAGUUUUUGCACAUAACCUUGUACAAUCUCAAAACUGAGGCCAGCAACAUAAAAUUAUAU